UACUUUCCUAGAGAUGAACAUGUCAUUACAUGCAUUAGGUACACUCCAGAAUAUGUAAUUACAUACUCUCCAUUCUAAAACAGUGCAUAUCUCGAUGAUUGUAUUAUUGGAGGUAUUUUGCAUUGUUUGGGGAGUUUAUUUCCGGCAUGUAUUGUCACCGAGUAUAAAUCUGAUGUAAGUCUUUGUUAUUUUAGUAUUCUCUUCCAGUCUUCCCUUGUGUGAUGUUCUAUUACCUGUGUUGAAUUAAAUUUUAGUUUGAUUUACCACUUCUGUGAAAUGAGUGCAAUACGUUUUGGAUGUUAUUUUGGCAACAGAAACCCAAGAAAUGUUUUACUAUUAAUUGCGGUGUUCCUCUACUCUAUUGUCACCUUGGCUGGCGCAGCAGAUCAAGAAAAUGACAAUUUCUCAAGAAAAGUCGAGAUGAAUAAUAUACUGAACAGUAUAGCACGAGAGAUUGGGAAUAGUAAGGUACUCAGCUUGAACCUGACCAACAUAAUAAUCUGGCUAGUGUUGAAAGGUCUACUGUUUGGAGCCGCUUAUGUAAGCAAUAACUCAUCGUGGAAAAACCAUCGAAGUCUGGACGAUGAAGAUCAGUCACUAUUCAAAGCCAGUGAGUCAAUUCUGGACGAGAAGGAGAUUCUGUUGUUUCUAGGAUACGCGAUGGGAGAAAAAACUCAGAACUUUGAUUGCCUGAAGAAAAUUGCCUGCAUUGAGCCGAAGAAGGCUCAACAAUACAGCUCGGCAGCUCGAAUGAUUAUUAACGGGGCUAAGUUUGUAUCGAGUCCAUUAAAUCCAAAAUAUGAGCAAUUAAUAGCCGACAUCCAAUAUGCGAUACAACUGGGGAAAACUGGAGGGAACUGUGACAAGCAAUACUUCUGUUCAACAAAAAAUGGAAUAGACUGAUACAGUGAUAUUAAAAUAGAAUAAGAAAUAGAAAGAGCAAAGAAAAGCAAACAGACAGUACAAACUAAGAAGAUGUAUUUUUCCCACAGUUACGUUGAAAAGUGGC